CCUCCGUCACUUCCGCACCUGCGCAGCCAUCUUGGACCUUUUAACGAGCAACGGACACAGAGAGAGGGGGGCAGAAAACAGAGUAAAAUACUAAAAUACACCAACCCGAGUGGAUUAAACGAGGGAUAUGUCCACGGGAAUCAAGUCUAUGUGAAGCAAUAACAGCCGAACGGAGCAAAAACAACGACCAGGGAGCAGUAAAAGAGACGAGCGAACAACCAUUUAAGUGCCUCGGGAUACACGGACGUACAAGUCAUCUUUUCUUUUUUUUUCUUUCUCUUUUUUUUUUUUUUUUUGCCGGACUAGGAAGGAAGGAAGGACGGAAGGAAGGAGCCUAUUCGCCGACAGGAAUACUAAAAAAAAACACAUCUACAGUGAAACCAUGAAUCCCGAAUACGACUAUCUGUUCAAGCUGCUGCUUAUCGGAGACUCUGGCGUCGGGAAGUCGUGUCUUCUGCUGCGUUUCGCCGACGACACCUACACGGAGAGCUACAUCAGCACCAUCGGGGUGGACUUCAAGAUCCGCACCAUCGAGCUGGAUGGAAAGACCAUCAAACUGCAGAUUUGGGACACUGCAGGUCAGGAGAGGUUUCGUACCAUCACCUCCAGUUAUUACCGCGGAGCCCACGGCAUCAUAGUCGUAUACGACGUGACGGAUCAGGAGUCGUACAACAACGUGAAGCAGUGGCUGCAGGAAAUCGACCGCUACGCCAGCGAAAACGUCAACAAGCUGCUGGUGGGAAACAAGUGCGACCUGACCACCAAGAAGGUGGUCGACUACACGACGGCUAAGGAGUUCGCCGACUCCCUGGCCAUCCCCUUCCUGGAGACCAGCGCCAAGAACGCCACCAACGUGGAGCAGGCCUUCAUGACCAUGGCGGCCGAGAUCAAGAAGCGAAUGGGCCCGGGGGCGACGGCCGGCGGCGACAAGCCCAACCUCAAAAUCGAGAGCACCCCCGUCAGGCAGUCGGGUGGGGGCUGCUGUUAAAGGACCCCCCCUCAAACACACACCUACACACACACCUUCACACAUCACCUCCUCCUCCAGCAUCUCCAUUCACAUCUACCUUUCUUCUCCUGUGCUCCCUUUCCACCCCCCCCCCACCUGACCAUUCACCUAUAACACCCUGUAACCCACCACCUCCACCUCCUCCUCCACCUCAACCUCAGCCUGAGCCUGGACGUCACAGGACGGCAACAAACAAAAAAAAAAACGAAACUGCUGAGAGGACAUGAGGAGCAGAUUGGUAUUGAUUAAUGUUGGGGGGGCGGGGCUUAGAUCCACACACUGAGACACUGUAAUGGGGGUUUGCAUGGUUUGUGUCUGUCUUUUCCCAAACGUUCACAUAGUCACAGACGGUAGAAGCUCAGUAGGAAACGAUCGUGGGCAUCAGCAGCAGCAGCUUCUUCUUCUUCUUUUAUUAUAUAGUGUGUUCAGACAAAAAUCAGAUUCAUCACGUUCGCAUACAACAACUGUACAGACAUUAGCUGUGAGCUAGCUAGAAAACAAACCCCUCCUCCUCCACUUCUUCUUCUGCUGCUUCUUCCAUCCUGACGCUGUAUAUUCACGAAGCAGUUUUCACCUUUAACUGUCUUUUUUCUGUCUGAACACGUCUUUUAAAACUCCUCCUCCUCCGUCCAGGGUUUAUUUUUUUUUAUUUUUUUGUUUUUUUGCGAGGGGGGGAGGUGCCUUUAGUGCCUAGUGGUUAAAUCGAGAUUUAUUUGCAUUCUCACGCAGCGCGCUAACAGUCGUUAGUCUCUUCCGGUUGGUCGGUCGGUGCUAAUUAACACAACGGAGAGUCACCAAAACUUUACCGAAGCUUUGUGCACGUGUUCGAAUAAACUGGUUUGACCAAA